GGGCUUGGCCGCUCUGGAGGAAAGUUGGAGGGUGAGGCUGGCCCAGCUGGACAGAAAAUGCUCGGUGAUGUGAAGGAAAGCCACUUCUGGGGACGGAAACUCAAACACAAAGACCCUAUUUCUUAGUGCACUUCACUAAUCUAGAGCUUUCUUUGGUGGAAAGAACCUGACACUAUGUCUUCCUAAAGUCACCAUGUGGGCUCAGUUUGGAGACAGGGACAUGGGGCUGUGGAUAUUCUGACCUGGAGGACGCCGCACGGCCCCCGCACCCCUGCUCUGCUUUCUUUCAGGAUGGAGAUGCUGUGCCAGGUCCGAGCCAGGGAGGAGGGGGUCCCCGGGGGGCAAGCGGGCGGUGGCAGUGCCUGAAGACCCUGAGCUCUGCUGCUCAUGUGCCUUUGCUAACCCGAAAUGGAAAACUUCCAGUACAGCAUCCAACUGAGUGACCAGGACUGGGCCGAGUUCUCAGCCACGGCUGAAGAGUGUGGCCUCCUGCAGGCUGGCCUGGCCUCUGGGGAUGAGCUCUUGUCCAGUGACAUUGACCAAGGGGACAGCAGUGGCAGCAGUCCCCCCGAGCACCUGCCCCUUCUUGGGAGGCAGCUGGCUCCCAGAGGGCGUGGCUGGCCGGGCUUCGAGGAGGAGCAUAAGGAGGCCACACAGCAGCUGGUCAGCAGGUCUUGGCAGGAGCCCGUCCUGGCUCUGGGGGCAGGUCAGCAGAUGCCCAGCACGUCCGCACCGUCAGAAGCUCAGCCGUCUCUCAGCCCUGGAGACGCCCCUCCCGGCCAGAGCCCUUCCCUCCUAGGGCCAGUGACUUCCAGAGACGAGAUGCAGAGGCUUCUACAGGGCCCAGCCGCCCGGGACCCUGCCCCUAGUGUCCCUGGUGAGACUCCUCGGAGCCCCGAGGCCCCUGGCCGCAGCACUGCCUCCCAGAAGCCCCCUGGCAGCCCUGGAGCCCCACCACGCAGCAGCCCUAGCCGGAAGAAGAGGCGGGCUGCAGGUACCAAGGGGGGUGGGCGCCCGGGUGUCGCAGGCUCGGCUCCCACUCAGCUGGGCUCCCCACGGCUCAGUGAGGCCAGGCCCAAGGAAGGCCUUGGCCCAGCUGGGUCCAGGGGGAAGGGUCUCUCAUCUGGGACAGCAGAGCAGACAGCAGGACCCGGGCAGGACAAGCUUGGGCCACAGUCUGCAGGAGCCCAUGAGCAGGUGGCCAGGCAAGGGCCCAGCUUGGAUCUGUCUACAACUGAGCAAGGUACAGACUUACUUGGAAUGACCCCCAGAGCUGAGCUACACACUGUGUCCAUACCUGCCCAGGAGACUGGUCCAGAUAUCUCAAUGGCUAAGUCAGACAUGGCUCUGUCUCCACCUGCCCGCGAGCCCCAGGCUGACUCAGCUCUGUCUACACCUGCCUGCAAGCCCCAGGCUGACUCGGCUCUGUCUCCACCUGCCCGCGAGCCCCAGGCUGACUCAGCUCUGUCUACACCUGCCCGCAAGCCCCUGGCCGACAUGGCUCUGUCUCUACCUGCCCUCAAGCCCCAGGCUGACACGGCUCUGUCUACACCUGCCUUCAAGCCCCAGGCUGACUCAGCUCUGUCUACACCUGCCCUCGAGCCCCAGGUUGACUCGGCUAUGUCUACACCUGCCCACAAGCCCCAGGCUGACUCGGCUCUGUCUACACCUGCCCUCGAGCCCCAGGCUGACUCGGCUAUGUCUACACUUGCCCUCAAGCCCCAGGCUGACUUGGCUCUGUCUACACCUGCCCGCAAGCCCCAGGCCGACAUGGCUCUGUCUCUACCUGCCCUCAAGCCCCAGGCUGACUCGGCUCUGUCUACACCUGCCCGCAAGGCCCAGGCUGACUCGGCUCUGUCUAUACCUGCCCGCAAGCCCCAGGCCGACAUGGCUCUGUCUCUACCUGCCCUCAAGCCCCAGGCUGACUCGGCUCUGUCUACACCUGCCCGCAAGGCCCAGGCUGACUCGGCUCUGUCUAUACCUGCCUGCAAGCCCCAGGCUGACUCGGCUCUGUCUACACCUGCCUACAACUCUAGACUGGAUGCGGACCUGCCUGCGCUGGGCCCAGUGGUCAAGCCAGAGGUGGAUUCAUCUAUACCUGUGUCAAAGGCCCAGUCUGAGGUGGGCGCAUCCACAUUUGCCCUCAGUCCCCAGGCCGAGCCUGACAUGACGGAGGCAAAGGUUGCCCCAUCAGCCAAACUGGAUUUGAGCUCUGCUGUGUCUUCAGGGGGCCACCAGGAGAAGCCCAGAGGGCAGCCCUCUGCAGGUGACCCUGAAAACCACUCAGGGGAGCCCCCACCAGGCUCCAUCCAAGCCCCCAAGAAGAAGAAAGUGCGAUUCUCGGUGGCUGUGCCUAGUCCCGAGGAGCUGGGGUCAGGAGAGGCCUCGGGCCCACUCUCGCCAGCUACAGCCUGGCCAUCUGCCCCCAGGACAGCAGCUGGGGCCCGUGGGGGGCCUGGAGUUUGGGAUGCAGUGGCAGUUGGGCCCCGGCCGCCCCAGCCUCGGAUCCUCAAGCACCUGCCUCCCCCUCCAUCCGCUGCCUCCGGGGGGCCUGGGUACAGGAGCUGCUUUGCAGUGACCCUCCCAGAAGCCUACGAGUUCUUUUUUUGUGACACUAUCACAGAGGAGGACGAAGAGGCUGAGGAGGCAGCCGAGGCUAGCCAGGUCCCCGCAGACGUCCAGUGGCCGGACGUAUGCGAGUUCUUCUUCCGGGACUGCCAAGCCCAGACGUCUGGGCUCCGGGCACGCCGCUCCCCACCCCCACCCCCGAAGGCUGAGCCUGUGCCAGCCCCUGUGCCUGGAGACCCCAUGCCUAUCUCCAUCCCUGAGGCCUACGAACACUUCCUUGGGGAGGGCAGGCUGGGGGAAGAGCUGGGGCAGGCUUCCCUUCAGCUGCAGGCUGCAGAGCUCCCCAGGCCGGCCCCCCAGGGAGUGGAGUCUGGCACCCCCACAGAGACCAGCCAAGCCACAACAGAGCAGCUCGACCUGGUGGUCAGGCAAGCAGGGGAGCCUCGGGGUCCCCUCACCGCCUUUACCUUCAGCCAGAAUGACAUGUGCCUGGUGUUUGUAGCCUUUGCCACCUGGGCUGUGAGAACAUCAGACCUGCAUACCCCAGACGCCUGGAAAACAGUCUUGCUGGCCAACAUCGGCACCAUCUCCGCCAUCCGCUACUUCCGCCGGCAGGUGGGGCGGGGGCGCCCCAGCCCAAGCCCCAGCCUCAGCCCCAGCUCCUAGGACCCAGGCUUGGCCCAGGAAGACGCCAGACAAGGAAAUGGCCACAGGUGCUCAGGACGAGACGCUGCCCUCGCCCUUUGACCCUUGUGUUCCACAGCGUCUAGGAAGGAGCCAUUGUCCUCGGUCCUGGCUACUUGGACUGUACCUGAGGCUCUGGCCAGGCCGAAGCCAGAGCUGUACUCCACACUUGGGAGGGGAGAUUCGGAAGGCUGGUGACAGGGGCCGAGCAGGGAGCAGGGAGCAGGGAGCUACUUAGUAAGGUUGCCAGAUCAGCAACGAGAAACGGGGCGUCCAGUAAAACUGGAAUGUCAGACAUGCAAUAUUUGAGACGUACUUAUACUGAGAAAUUAUUUGUGGUGUAUCUGAAAUCAAAUCUCACUGGCCGUCUGAUUUUAUCUGGUGAUGUAGUUGAGGGAUAAGAGGCAGAACGAGGCAUUGGAAAUUAGAGAGUAUCACAGCAGCAGCAAGGCCCCAGCUGGACAUCUGGGCAGGGGGCAAGGGUGAGGGGACUGGGUGGCCUCGACUCUGGGACAGGGGAUCCCAGGGACUCUGCCCUGUGCACAGUGGGCCUCUUUGACCCCUGAGUCACAAAGGCCUGUGGCCAGGGCCUCCUUGGCUCCUGCCUGAGACAGUGAGCAGGUAUCUACAGGGUUUGUAGGAGGCCCAGGAGGGUGUGGGUCUACAGGGCAGAGCCUGGAGCCCCUCCUCUAGGGAGCCCUGGACGAGGGAUGCAGCAGAGGGUAGAGGUAUCGGGCAGACGGAUGGGACACCUGGGAUUGUCCCGGGGCUGAGAGGAGCCAGAGAUGGGGCAGGAAGGUGGGUAGGGGGCUACCAGGCUAAGUGCACAGGGUCUGCGGGUGGCAGGCACCUCCUGGCUGCUGAGUGAAGGAUGUGUGGACACAGCACAAAUACAAUUUCCUUUUCUUCUUU